AACAAAAGUUUGCUGUCAUGAUCUAUGGAGUCACAAGAAGCUGGCUAAAAGACACACACUGAUCUCCAUAUUCAAUUCAUUCCAAAAACGUUAGAGUUGUUAAUUAACUCUUUUAAGAUGGACCCUUUAAAGUCGAUCUUUUUGUUUUCAUGGUGCUUUUAUUUGGCAAGUCCAAAUGAUUUGAGAUCAGAAGGAGUUAAAAAUUUCACCCAAAGUGGGGAAAUACUCGGAGGAAGUGCCACCCUCUCUAUUGAAAUUGAAAACAUGAAGAGACCGGCUGUGUGGUCUUGUGGCAAUAAGAAGUACGAGUGCGAUAGAUCAUGUGCCAAAGGUACUGAAUUUCAAGUGAGUCAGAGUGGCAACAAGUCUUCUCUUUGGAUGAGGAGAAUAACUAACAAAUGUUUGACUUGGAAAUUUCUAGACGACAACGUCGAAGGAGGGAUAUUUCAUCUGAAAAUAAACAAUUCGACAAGAAUAGAAAUUUAUAAGAUGACCCAAAACGCACCAGUUGUAUUAGGAAAAAAUGCUACUAUUCAUAUCGAAUCAAGCUUGAUUGGAACACCAGUUUUGUGGGUUAACGAGUUUAAUUAUCUUCAAUGUGUAGAUACUUGUGAGAAUAAAGGAAAUUAUGAAGUUCAUUACAAGGGUAACAGCUCAACUCUUUUGAUCCAUAAUGUCACUGAACAAGAUUUGACUUGGAGUUUUUGUGACUACUAUUUCUGCUCAGAAAGUUAUACUUUGGUGAUGAAAGGUAAGGAAAUCGCUUUUGCUAAUAAUAACAAUAAUAAUUCUAAUUUUGGUGCAAGGUCAGGAAUUUCAUGUGGAAGAGGUUCCUCAAUUCCAUUAAUUUGAGUAUAUUUAGUCGGUCCUUUAUUUCAUCAACCCCAAAGGAAUGAAAGGCAAAGCUGACCUUAGCAGUAUUUGAACUCAGG